AUGGGUGAGAGGGAAAAAGGUAAGAAGAUCUUUAUGCAGAGGUGUGCACAGUGUCACACUGUUGAAUUAAACGGCAAGCACAAAACUGGACCCAAUCUAAAUGGCCUCUUCGGCCGCCAAACUGGUCAGGCUUCUGGCUAUAUUUACACUUAUGCCAACAAGGCCAAGAGUAUCACGUGGGACAAAGAUAAUCUGGAUAUCUACUUGACCAACCCCAAGAAAUUUAUUCCAGGCACAAAGAUGGUGUUCGUUGGUCUUAAGAAGAAGAAUGAGCGUGCAGACUUGAUUGCUUACCUGGAAACCUCCACCAAGUAGAGCAAGCAUUAAUAUUUUUGUGGUCUCACCACUUUAAAUCAAUAAAUCAUCCUGCUAUCAAAAUUUACUAAAAAAAAAAAAAAAAAAAAAAAAAAAAAAAAAAAAAAAAAAAAAAAAAAAAAAAAAAAAAAAAAAAAGGCCAGUAAAAAUUACAAAACGUUGCUCAAAGAGUGGAGGAGACAGCUGGUUGCCCGGAGUAGAUGGAAGCAGUAUCAGCUGAAUUAUAUAAAAAUCAAGUAGUCGCAGGCUACUCUCACAUUUUACAUCCACUGACGGCCAACCAACACACGC